UGCGGCAACGUUUGGUCCCCCUUGGAAGGACCAACAUCUCUUAGCGCUGUUCCUGUGCUUCUUCCACCCACUUAGGUCCGGCCUGAGAGAGAGGGAGGAUGGCUACGGGAGCACAGCCAGGAGUCCGACGCCACAACGCCGUCCGAAUGACGUUACAGAACAGCGGAGAAGGGGGCAGCGGUGCUAGUGGUCCCCCCCAGGUGGCACAAGGGGCGAAGGGCGCAGCCGCAAGGGGCGCCGCAGAGCCAGCAGCUACUGGGGGGGCAAGCAAUGCCGCUGCCCCCAACGUCAACAGGAGAGUGACAGGCCUGGGGGUGCCCGCUUAUUCCAUCCAGGCGGUGCACUUCUCGGACCACCACAUGGUGACCGUGUCCACAAAGACCCGCAGCUCAACCAACCCCUCUAAUACGACGGCCUUAAUGUGUUUCUUAAGCGCCUGUCAAGAAACCGCAAUACCAAACUGUUCAGCCAAUAACAAAAGGCCGCAGCAGGACCAUCGGGUGGACCCGGAGGACAAGGCCGAGGAGCAGGCAGACGGGGGACCCGAGGACCUCCCUCCAACGACGGCGGCGGCACCCGGAUCCAGCGAGACCAGCUUCUUGGAUCAACGCCUGGUGCCAUCUGCCGGAAGGGAGGUUCCACUGCGCCUUGUGGAGCUGACUUCCGACCAGCUCCCUUGGUGCGGCAACGUUUGGUCCCCCUUGGCAGGACCAACAUCACUUAGCGCUGUACCUGUGCUUCUUCUUCCACUUACUUAG